GCGGCGAGGGUCCGGCGGCCCCCGGCACAGGUACGCGCGGCGGAGCUGGGGGCCCCUUGGAUCUCACCGGUCGGGCCGGCGCUCACCGCCCAGCCCCGCGAGAGCCCGGGCCGAGGCCGGAGCCGCGCAGGUUCAAAAAUCACAAAUGUCUUCAAAUGAUGGAAGAUCCAGGAAUUGGGACAGGCACUAUGAUGAGGUCCCAAGUGAAUCGCCCUCUCGAGAUGGCACCGUAAGAAGCCUCGAGACUCUUCACGACAGGGAGCUGGCCGUGAGCUCUGAUCCCUUACCACCGCCCCCUCUCCCAUUACAACCACCAUUUGGCCCAGCGUUCUACUCAAGUGACACAGAGGAACCAGCCAUAGCUCCAGAUCUGAAACCAGUAAGGCGCUUUGUCCCUGAUUCCUGGAAGAACUUCUUCAGAGGGAAGAAAAAAAACCCAGAGUGGGACAAGUCGGUGUCUGAUAUCAGAUACAUCUCCGAUGGAGUGGAGUGUUCGCCUCCAGCCUCGCCAGCAAGACCAAACCAUCGUUCACCUCCCAACUCCUGCAAAGAUCCUUAUGGAGGGUCAGAAGGAACCUUAACUUCCCAGAAAGAGACUGAUGCAAUGUUUCCCCAUGACCCCUAUGGGUCUCUAGGCCGACACACAACAGUUCGAACGUACAGUGAGAAGGUGGAGGAGUAUAACCUGAGGUAUUCCUACAUGAAGUCCUGGGCAGGCCUGCUAAGAAUUCUGGGCGUAGCAGAGCUGCUUUUGGGGGCUGGUGUCUUCGCCUGUGUCACAGCUUACAUUCACAAGGACAGUGAGUGGUAUAACUUGUUUGGAUAUUCACAGCCCUAUGGCAUGGCAGGUGUUGGUGGCCUGGGCAGUAUGUAUGGGGGCUAUUACUACAGCGGCCCCAAGACCCCUUUUGUACUUGUGGUUGCUGGAUUAGCUUGGAUCACCACCAUCAUUAUUCUGGUUCUUGGCAUGUCCAUGUAUUACCGGACUAUUCUUUUGGACUCUAAUUGGUGGCCCCUAACUGAAUUUGGAAUUAAUGUCGCCUUGUUUAUUUUGUACAUGGCCGCAGCCAUAGUCUAUGUGAAUGAUACCAAUCGAGGUGGACUCUGCUACUAUCCAUUAUUUAAUACGCCAGUGAAUGCCGUGUUCUGCCGGGUCGAAGGAGGACAGAUAGCUGCGAUGAUCUUCCUCUUUGUCACCAUGAUAGUUUAUCUUAUCAGUGCUUUGGUUUGCCUGAAGUUAUGGAGGCAUGAGGCAGCUCGCAGACAGAGAGAAUACAUGGAACAACAGGAGAUAAAUGAGGCAUCGUUGUCAUCGAAAAGGAAAAUGUGUGAAAUGGCCACCAAUGGUGUCAGACAAAGGGACUCAGAAGUUAAUUUCAAAGAAUUGAGAACAACAAAAAUGAAACCUGAACUACUGAGUGGACACAUCCCCCCAGGCCACAUUCCAAAACCUAUCGUGAUGCCUGACUAUGUGGCAAAAUACCCUGUGAUUCAGACAAACGAUGAGCGAGAACGCUAUAAAGCAGUGUUCCAAGACCAGUUUGCAGAGUACAAAGAGCUGUCUGCAGAAGUUCAGGCUGUCCUAAGGAAGUUUGAUGACCUGGAUGCAGUGAUGAGCAGAUUGCCACGUCAUUCAGAAAACCGACAGGAACAUGAGAGAAUUUCAAGAAUCCAUGAAGAAUUUAAGAAAAAAAAGAACGAUCCUACAUUUCUGGAAAAAAAAGAACGCUGUGACUAUCUGAAGAAUAAACUUUCUCACAUAAAGCAAAGAAUUCAAGAAUAUGAUAAAGUAAUGAAUUGGGAUAUACAAGGUUAUUCUUAAACCUUAUUUGAAACCAUGUUUUAUGAAUUUCCUAUUUACUUACUGCAUUUUUAUGCUAGUCCCUAUGGUAGAAGAGCAAAUGCUUCUAGUUAUUUUAACCAGGAUGCAUUGUUAAAAAAUAUGAUUUCACUCAAACAUUUCAAAACAAAUUCACAUUUACUAAGAACAUUUUACCAAGAAUAGAAGAAAUACUUUGUAUACAAUUUCAUAUUUAACUAUCUCGUUCAAAUGUGCUGUCAUUUUAGAGAUCAUCUCCUUGCAGGGGGAUGAGCAAACAGACUAUCAAUUCUGGUGCUGCUUCCCCCUCCACCCUUUGUGUGUGGGGGGAGGGGGGGGAGGACAGAGUGUCACUCUGUUGCCCAGGCUAGAGUACCAUGCAAUCAUUAUAACUUACAGUAACUCAAGAGAUCCUCCUGCCUCAGCCUCCCAAGUAGCUGAGAAUACAGGUGCCUGACAUACCUGGAUAAUUUUUCUAUUUUUAGUAGAGAUGGGAUCUUGCUCUUGCUCAGGCUAAUUUCGAACUCCUGAGCUCAGGCAGUCCACCCACCUUGGUCUCCCAGGGUGCUAGAAUUACAAGCAUGAACCACCGUACCCAGCCUUGCUUUUUCCAUUUUUACUCAGGCAGGUUCCUAGGACUUUUCUAGAACAAAUUUUUCUUCCUAAGAGAAAUUCCUAAGGGGUUUUUAAAGGAUUAUUUCUAAGGGAAAAUUGGUGACACCUUUGCAAAGGUGUCAUUUCUUCCCUUGAAAAAAGGCAUUGAAGCCCAUGUAUAUUUUUUUUAGUACAGACUUGCUCUGAUAUGAAGCCCACAUUAACAUUUUCAAGCUCUGGGGUCUUGGGCAAGUUGCUCAAUCUCUCUGUGCCUGUUUCCCCUCUGUAAAAUGGGGCUAAUAAUAAGACCUACCUCAUAAGGUUGUUAUGAGGAUUAAAUGAGUUAAUAUUUUUGUAAAGCACCAGAACAGGACCUGGUGCUCUUUUAUUUUUGUUAGUAUGAACAAAAGACUUCCUAAAAAAAAUCAUCAUUGGAUUUUAUUCAGCAGCAUCUAUCUUGUAGAUCAUUUCCCAGGUGUAGGAUUACAGUUUCUGCCUAUGAUAGUCGCCAUUCAAACAACAUUCAGAGAGUUUUUUGAAGAAUAAGCCAGAAAGAAAAGCAUUUGGAAAAGCUGAAGCGGGGCGGCGCCUGUGGCUACGCCGUAGGGCACCGGCUCCAUAUGCUGGAGGUGGCGGUUCAAACCCAGCCCCAGCCAAAAACUGCAAAAAAAAAAAGAAAAGCUGAUGCUUGGAAAGUGUUGGUCACUGAAUGAACUUCCUAGUUUUUCUGUGUCGAUGAAAACUUUAUUAGUGCAUAUUGGUAAUAUUUGAAUUCCAUGGUUCUCAGACUGUACAUAGUAGGACUGCACUGUGUCUGAAGAGGUGGGGUCUACAGAAGUGUGAGACCCUUUAUAGGAGCCUCUCUCAAUUGGAACAACUUUACUUCCUGUUUUAUAUACUGGGCCCUAUGUUAACUUUUCACUUAAGAAGAGCACCAAUGCUUUUUAAAAAAAGUAAAAUAUUACCAUUGGGUAGACUGUAAAGAAUUGGAUUGAUGUUGACAUGAAGUGUUAAGGGAAUUUAACUUUGUGAAACUUCGUUUUACUACAAUUGUAAAUACUAAUUUAUGCAAACCAGUGCUGUGACCCUGAUUUUUUUUAAUUUUUAAGUCAAUUCCCAGUUGUAUUAAAAUUUCAACUGCCUGUUGUUUUCCGCAUGUCCUUUAUUGUUUGCUUUCUUCACAUUCCUGUGUUCACUGGGCAUGUUCUUAAAAAUAUUCUCACUUAUCAGAAAAUAAACUGGAAAGUUAUUGAA